GAAGCGGCAUGUGGGGCGCGCGGGCGCCGCGCCUCUGCCGCGCCAGCCUGUGCUGCUGGCGCCGCUUCCCCGCGGGGGUCCCGCCCGCGCCGGCCGAGGAGGCCGGAGCCCGCCGGAAAAGAGUAACUUUGGAGUUGUUGGACCACCUGGAACAUCUGUCACUUGUUGAUUUUCGCAAUUGGGAGGGUGUGGAACGUUUAGAGAAAGCAAUAGAAUUUGCUGAGAAACUUCACACUCUUAAUACAAAUGGAGUGGAACCAAUGGAUUCAGUACUGGAAGACAGGCAUCUGUACCUCAGAGAAGAUACUGUUACAGAAGGCAGCUGUGCAGAGGAGCUUCUGAAGAAAGCUAAACAGACAGUUGAAGAAUAUUUUGUAGCUCCACCAGGUAAUAUCCCUUUACCAAAGCUGGAAGACAGAGAGUCUUUUCUACAGAGGGAAGAGUCCUAGGCAGAAGAUUAUUGUGCCACUGUUGAUAUCUUUAGAAUCUAGUCCCUGCAUCUUUAAAAGAAUUAAAUCUUUCAGCACAUCCUUCCA